GUCAUUCCUUCAUCCCUUUCUUUAGCAUCUCCUUUCCUCCUCCCACUCCUUCUUGUCACUCACCUCCUCCAACUUCCAUGGCGAUCGCGCACCAUCAUUAGGGAUUCCGUCUCGGUUGGUGUGCUGCCAGUAUUUGCCUGCAAUGGGCAACCCCGCGGAGGUCUACUUCCAGGUGCUCAACAUUGCCAAGGACUCCUCUCCACAGGAAAUCCGCACCGCCUACAGAGCCCUGGUCAAGAAAUGGCACCCCGACAAGCACCCUCCUUCUUCCCGCCCCGAAGCCGAGGCCAAGUUCAAAGCCAUCUCUCAAGCCUAUGAGGCCCUGAAUGAUCAGCAGGAGAAUAGAUCGAUGGUUGGGGCCAAUAACGAUCGGCCCGGAGGCGGCGUGGAGCCGCGACACCGGAGCCAGGAGCUCCAGAAACCGCGGUGCGCGGGCAAUUCGGCGAGGGAGUUUAAGGAUGAGUACCGUUCGACCAAGGCCGGCACUGUGGCGGCCACGGCGGUGGCGAGGCCGGCGUUCUCGUCGUUUUCGGGUCCCGUCAAGACAAAGCCUCCUCCCGUCGAGAGGAAACUUGAGUGCACGCUGGAGGAGCUCUGUCGCGGCAGCAAGAAGGAGAUCAAGUUCACGAGGAACGUCAUCACCAACAAGGGAUUAAUUGUUCGCAAGGAAGAAACACAAAUGGUCAGAGUCAAGCCGGGAUGGAAGAAAGGAACAAAGAUAACAUUCGAAGGGAUGGGGGACGAGCGACGAGGUUGCCUCCCUGCCGAUGCCAUCUUCGUGAUAUCAGAGAAAGAACACCCCGUUUUUAAGAGGAAAGGCAAUGACUUGGUCAUGAAAGUCGAGGUUCCCCUGGUGAAUGCUCUCACGGGAUGGUUCUUCUCUUUCCGUCUUCUAACCGGGGAAAAGAUGAGCUGCACUUUCCAGGACGAAAUCAUUUACCCGGGAUAUGAGAAAGUCAUCAAAGGCCAGGGCAUGCCCUCAGCUCACGACAAGGGAGUCCGAGGAGAUCUGCGAAUUAAGUUCCACAUUGUGUUCCCGACUCAGUUGAGCGACGAGCAGCUUUCAGGUAUCAAAGAGCUUCUGAAGGACAUGACCUGAACUCGAAGCUAGAUUCGUUCUUCCACUUCGGUCUCACUGUGAAUAUACGAAUCUUAUUCGUAAAUAUUUCCAGAUAUAUAGAGGAAAUGUCAAUGUAAAAGGUGCUCGUAGGUCUGAGAAUAAAGUAGUGCUGGUCGCACACCCUUUGUUUGUACUCUUUAUAGUUGAGGACAUGAUGGAGAUGUUGUAUCUUCCUUUAGGUAAUGAGGUGCUUUCUUCAAGCAGCCACUCAAGGCAUAAUAUCGAUGA